AUGGCAACGGCAGCCAGACAACCGGCUGGGAAGCUGCAGGAAGGUGGCAGGGGGCAGCCUCAGUCAUCUGGCCAGCGCCCAGGGGACCUGCGCCAGGCCAGCCUGCGUGCCCGCUCUGCCCCGGGAAACUCCCACGGCUCCAAGAUGCCAGGGCUGGAGGCACAGCACAACCUAGGACACAAGAAGCAGAGUGGCAGCCGCCUUGCCCAGACAGAGGCAGGACGGCCUCCGCCGUCCCGCAUGGAUGGGGAAUUCCCACCCAAGGCCCCAGGACGGUCGCCAGAGUCUCCGCUCAGGCACGGGGUGGCGCAGAUGGCGAGGCGCGCGGGGGAGAGGGGAUGCGGGCCCCUGCUCACGUCGGGCUCCCAGGUCUCCACCCACGAGCUCCACGACUCAGAGGAAGCCGAACCUGAGAAUUCUGGGAAGGACCAGGUCCGCACGGGGACACCGGGCCUGCCCCCCACCCCACUGCCGGACUCGUCCGGUCUCCACGCGUGUGCGCAACAGAGGCCCCGCGCCCGCCGCCUCCCCUCCGGCUCGGCCCAGGCCAGGGCGCGCAGGUCCCCUCGGCCUGCGCUGCCCGCUCGGGCUGGGACCUGGGGAGCGCGAGGCGAGCCGAGGCUCCUUACCCGGGUGGCAGGCGGCGGAGCAGGGCCGGGAGCGGCGCGCGCCCCGGGUUAUAAACACAGGCCCGGGGGCAGGGCCGGGACCCGGGCACGUGGGGGCGCGCGGCGACAGACCCCGCCCCGGGCCAGGCCCCCGCCGCCAGCCUCUCGGAGCCCCGGCACCUGCGGUGGGCGGAGCCGGCCCCUCCCCCCGUCUCCGCCCCGCGCCCCGGGCGCCCGGGGUCUGCGCCAGCGCAGCCGGGGGCAGGAGGGGGGCCGGCUCCGGCCCAGGCCGGCGACUGCAGGCGCCUCGCGGCGCGAACCUGCGCCCCUGGCCGGACGAGCACGGCGGUCUUGCGAGAGCGCCUGGCGGAGGCGCUGGUGGGGAUGA